AACGUCUCAAAGCUACUUGCCCCCGUUGACAUAAUUCCUCUCUAUCUCCAACUCUCACUCUCUCUCUCUCUCUCUAAAACUAUACUCUACGAAAUCUCAAUUACUAACAACGAUGCAAGGCGUCCGUCGGUGGGGUUCGCCGGCAGACGGAGGAGUCCGGCUAGAGCUGACGUCUAGCACCACCUCACCGCUGGCGAUCGACGUGGCGGAGUCCGCGGAGAUGAGGAUCCAGCGGCUGAUAUCGGAGAACCCGGUGAUCAUCUUCAGCCGUCCGUCGUGCUGCAUGUGCCACGUCAUGAAGCGCCUCCUCUCCACCAUCGGCGUCCACCCCACCGUCAUUGAAUUGGAUCAGGAGGACGAGAUCGCCGCCCUCCCCGCCGCCGCACAAGAUAGCAGCAGCAGCAGCAGCAGCGACACCGACUUGUCCGCCGCCGCCGGCGAAGCUCCGGCCGUAUUCAUCGGCGGGACACGUGUCGGCGGUCUGGAGAGCCUCGUGGCACUCCACCUCAGCGGUCACCUUGUCCCCAAGCUCGUAGAAGUUGGUGCUCUCUGGGUAUGAUCAAAUUAUUGUUUUGGAAUUUCCUUAUUUAUCUGGGAUAUUAUUGUAAUUGUAAGAAAAAAAAAUUAUUAGGAAAAACAAAAAAUAACUUCUUUUUUUUUUUUUUUUUCUAUUUUUGGUUUGCUAGUACAGUAGUACUAUUAGAUGUCGUGCACACGUGUGCAUCAGGUGUAGGUUAUGGAGUGCUCAGAACCGUGGAAUCUGUUGAUUUCUUAUGUGGGUUCCACUUAAUGAAUGGCUAUGAUUUUAGUUGGCAUUAAUAAAUUUCCUUCCAAUUUUUGUCCCUUCGACA